AUGAGUAUUUACCUGAUUUGAAGCGAUUUCCAUGGUAUCGGCCUUUCCUUUACCUGCUGUCAGCCUGUCCUCGGUUCCUGCAGAGUCUCCAGCAGAAGUGACACAACAGAUGGUGGGAGGAUUUUGUUCAGAGGUUCAUCAUUUACAAACUGCCCCGGGACAAGAUUAGCGGACAGGGCAGUGGAGUGGACUACAUGUACCUGGACUCCUCAGCAGGAAGCUGGCAGAUGAGUAAAUUCAUGGUUAACACCAGCCAGGGAGCCUUAGCCAGUACACUGAACCAGCUUUACAUGGGAAAGGUCUACGAGUCUAACAGUUCAGUCUACACACUCUACAAUGAUGCACCACCACAAAUGGAUUAUAUCCAAGGAUAUGGACACACUAAAGGGGCCCUGCUCUUUGACCACUCUCAAGGCUUCUGGCUGUCGCACACUGUCCCCCAUUUCCCCUCGUUCCCUGACAGAGGCUACACCUACCCCUCCUCUGGAGAAGUCUACGGUCAGACGGCUCUGUGUGUGACCUACCAGUAUGAACAGUUCCUUCACAUAGCACAGCAGAUGGCAUACAUCUUCCCACGUGUGUAUAACUGCUCCGUACCUGACGUGUUCCUGGCUUACCUGCCGCAGCUGGCUCAGUUAUGUGAGGGCUCCAAACCACCGCUGUUCUCGAAUAAGAGAGUGGAGCAUCUUCUCUCAGCUGGAGGAGAAAAGUUUGUCAGUUUUGUCAAAUCUGAGUACUUUGUAGACGACAUCUACACAGGCUGGGUGGCUCAGGUCCUGGACAGCGACCUGCUAGUGGAGACGUGGCAGAGACAUCAUGAGCUGCCAUCAAACUGCUCCCUCCCCAAACAUGCCAUGAACAUUAAAAGGAUCCAGCUGCCUGGAUCAGUCCUGUUUAAGUCUCAUAAUGACCACUCAAAGUGGUGCGUGUCACUGGCCUUUAAAGACCAGCUGACCUGCCUGGGAGACCUGAACAGAGAGACAUCACAAAUGUGGCGAGGUGGUGGGCUGGUCUGCACACAUAACCCUCUGAUUUACAAGGCCUUCAGACAAGCAGUGGACUGGUAUAUCAGCUGUUAAACAAAACUAAAUAUGAGAUUAUUGGAUGUGGAUUAUCAAAGUAUACCCUGAAUGUGUUUAAAGAACAGAGGUGAAAUGCAGCCAUCACACAGGAGAAGUAUCAAAAUAGCCCUAAGUUUAAGAAGCACAGUGGAUUUUUUUAGGACUAAGCGAAAGGUUAUGAAAAUCAAAUCCCAGUAGAUCUGUUUUGGGGCACCGGUUUAUGUUUAAAUCAUGCUCCACAUGUACAGAGUCCUUGCAGCUCUUCUGGAUUCUAGUCAGACACUCAACAUUUUCUCUACUUAUUUAGAUAAUUAGAUAAAGAAGUUGAGAUCUCGGACAACAGAAAAAUGUGCUUGGCAUCAGAGGUAAACAAAGUAAAUAAAGGCUUUUGCAUGUUUCUUUUGGAUGCAGUUUUGUCUGAUUUGUCAAAGAUUUGACACACAGAAUUGCAAAAUUUCGCAGCACAAGGAAAAUGGACUCAUCAAGCACAAAGAUGGGGCACAAGUGGUUUUGUUCUUAUGCUCCAUGUACAGAGGCUGUCGUUCUUAAAGCAUAUGACCCAAGAUCAAAUCUGGCCUUUGACUCUUUUGCUGCAUGUCAUUCCCCACCGUUCUUUCUCUCUCUCUCUCAUUUCUCGCUUUCAGACUAUCUGAUUAAUGGGCCAAAAUUCCCAAAUUAAAUAUUCAACAAACGAUAAAGAGGUGAAGAUGAUUUUAUGUCUCUGUAACUCUUUGAAAAAGAUAGAACCGUG